AUGGAACGUGCCCUCAAGCUUAUCGGGCUCGAUAACACGCUCAUCAGCGAAUUGGAAGUCAACAGUAGAGGCAAGGCUGUCAAGAUCCCCCACAGUUUGAACAAAGCAUUGGGCAAGACUAGCAAUGCUCGAAAGGCCUUCUCAGACACCAACUAUGGCAUGGCAACCAGGGGUUACAUGAAGUCCAUCAACCGCAUGAAAGAGUCAGUCCUCCGAGACGUCUGGGAAUGCACGAAGGACAUCGCUGCAAAGAGGCGUGGUGUGCCCCUCAUUCCAGAUGAGGAUUCUGAGGAUGAGCGUGCGCUCAUCUUCGAUAUCUGGUACUGUUCUUUUUUAUUGUUUUCUAGCAUCUCGUGA